GUGUAUUUCAUGUAUUAAUUAUCUAAAAUAUUGUUUGAUCUAUUAAUAUACGACCCAACAUAAACACAAACGAAAUCGACUUCAUAUAAUAUGUCUUUCGUUUCCUAAGACCAUAACAUGUGAUGAUCCUAAAUUUAGAAAGAUACCGGGUUAUGGAAAUUAUGACGAUAGGGUAGGAAGUUAAAUGACUGACCACUCACGUGACCGAUGUGUGUACUUGCAUUUAUUUAAAAAAUAUUUUGCACAUACAUAUAUGCAUACGACACAGUAAACAACACCGAGGAUAUAUCACGUGCAUUCUAUAGAUAAUACAGUUUAUGUCGGACAUGUCAAUAUAACACCGAGUUUAUUUGUUUUACUUCACUUCAUAGCAAUGGACGUUCUAAUUUUAUUUUUAUUUCACAGUCACACAAAUAUAGUGUAACAUAAUCGCUAAUCAUUGUUUUGUCGUUUCUUCUCUACAGAUGAGGUCCACGUUGAUAAGCUGUUUAUUUGUGUGUCUCUUGGUGAUUGAUUACACAUGCGCACAAUGGAGUGUGGAGGGAGACGUCGGUACCAGCAAAGGGGGUGGAUGGAAAGUCGGAGUCAAGGUCAAAUUCUCGUGGGGAAGAAAGAAGAAAAGGAAUAAACGCGGAGUGGAUGUAGAGAUGUUUGACGUAGUGAUUAUGUUGAGGAACAACAAAACCGGAAGUAGCGUUAGAUUGUCUCCAUGUGACUACGCCCUCUAUGACCAAAAUGGCGACCUGGAAGUUACAAUGGCCGACUUUGAAAUUAUCUUUGAGCAUGAUGAGGAACAAAAGCAUCAGCUGGUAAAACUAAUGUUCAACGAACUGGACAUCAAUAAAGACAACAAAAUUUCCGCCAAGGAGUUUGAGGAAAGGAAACACAAUGUGAUUUCUAAGGAUAGCUGCCAAUUGUGAAGAAUGCAACCAACGAUUAUUGGAUUACAUGUACCUUUAUAUAAACAGGAAGUCGAGCAAGAGAAUAGUCUUAGUGUCCCCAAUUGAUACAAGACGAAAAUAUGGAGAUAUUGAUGUCGACACCUUGUAGAAGUGCAAUAUUUAUUUUUUGUAUAAAAGAAGUGCUUUUUGCAAUCAAUAACAUUCCAACCUAAAUCUUU